AUGCGUUCCGGAAGUAAAUCCUUAGUAGCUGCACCACCAGAUGGCAGAGCUCUUUGGUUGCGACAUGACGGCUCAUCAAUAAAUUUAAUGGCAAGCACGUGUUUUAUUCCGGCUGGAUUGGCAUUACCAGUGGGUGAUUGUUUCGAAGUUCGAAUUUUACGAGUGGAUAGGGCGACGAAAUGCUUAUAUGUAAAACCGUUAUGUAGCGACGAUCAAUAUGAGCUCAGUGUAAAUCUUUCCAGUGCGGCAGUAGACGACACAGAAGAUUCAUUGCGUCCUGCGGUAUCGCAACCACUCAGCAUGAGCACCGUGUAUAUGGUACGAACAGAGAAGGGAUAUCAAAGGGCGGUAUUACUAAAGAGAGACAAGACAAUGACAUUUUCGAUGUAUGGUAUUGAUCUUGGAGAGGUGUAUGAUAUAAGCGCAAAUGACAUAUGUGAAUUAUUGCCAUCUUUGCGUGGUAUACCACCUCUUUGCUUAUGUGUUAUUUUGGAAUCUUGUUGUAAUACAAGCAAAUGUGAAGAGUUUGAAUUCUUGGAAGAAGGAGCGAUUUGCAUAAUCAAAAUUUGCAAUGAAUUCCCCUCAAAUUAUCCUCAACGAGCAAAAGAAAUGUAUCCACCAGCAAUCAUGUCGCAAAUAUACAAGAAAAAUGAGGAUGGAAAGUUUGUUGAAAUUACAUGUACCGAGAAGAUAAUUGAAAAGAUCCCAGAAGCUCCUCUAACUUCUGUUACUGAUGAGGUUCAACAUGUCGGAUCUGAUGUUACGCAUGCAUCGAACAUUAAUAUUAACGGUGGUAAUAAUAGUGGUAUGCCUCGACGUCGAUGUCGGGCAUUGGUAGUAAAAAGUGCAUCGGUGCCAGCAAUAACUAGAGAUCCAACUUUGCCGUUUAUGUUUCAAAAGUUCAGUGUUUCAUUACCGGCUCGUUUGACAGCACGAGUAACUGAGCGUACAGACUACGACACCUAUUUAAUGAGAAAUCCCGACGUAAUCGAUGAUCUGGCAAGGCGUAUGGUGACAGCGACAACACCUCUAACAUCUCGAGUAUGCUUAGAUCGUGGUAUUUGUUGUAUAGCUCGGUUGAUUCGUCCAGCACGGUCAAACAGCUCAUCGUUUCAGCCACAAGCAUUCAGAGCAAUAGCUAGCCAUUACCGGCCAGAUGAUAACACUUGUGAAGUAUUGCUUGUUGAUUUCGGGCAGACAGUUGUAUGUAGUGUGUCAGACUUAUUUGAACUCCAGGAUCAGCCCGCUGAAGUUCUUGAGAAGCCAAUAGCAUCAUUUCGAUGUCGAGUGAAGAGGUUUUCACCAUCUAAAAAGAAUGUUAAUAAAGGAAUAAGGUUACUUGAUGAAAAUAAUUACAAUGUUUGUUUAACAUUGAAAUGUGCCCGUGAUUUGUAUUGGGCAAAAGUGACGUUAUCAGAUACAGAUUUUGUACUUUAUUACAAGAAGCCACGAGUUCGCAAAGAGGUGGAUGAAAAAAAAAGUGUGAAGCAAGGGAAGAAUAUCAAUAGUGCAUCACAGGGUUACUCUGAUUCAUUGGAGCUUGAACAACGAAAAGAGGAACUACAUGAGGAAGAAGAACGACUGCAUGAGCAGGAAGAAAUGCUGAGAAAGGAGGAAGAAAAUUUUACAAAUGAAAGCAUCAAGAGGGAACAAGAAUUACAGCUGGUAGCAUUACAAAUGCAGCUAUGGGAUAUAUCAGCAAAAUUGGAUGUGAUUGCUUCUAAUAACUCAAAUCUUGUGAAAGCGAAUGCUUUUUGUCCGCAACUACAACAAAAUACUUAUUGUGAAGUUCCCAUGUAUACCACAAAUGAUUACGGUCAACGCGGCGACGGUUACGGUAAUGAUAAUAGUGCGGCCAGUAUGCAACAACAACAGAACGUCAUCGUGAACCAAUCUUGGGGAAAGCAGUGGUCAUCUUAUCUUCAGCCUUCACAUUCAUUGGACUCCACAAACCAAUGCGAUCAGCCAUACCAGCAAAUAAAUGGUAUGCGCUCAUUAAUGCCCUAUGUGCCGGAUGCACAGAUGUCAUUCCCGAAUGCAACAAUUGGUCAUCAUUUUGAGAUUCCGAAAUACAACCAAAAUAUAAACAAUGUAAUGAAUCAUAAUUUUCCUGAAAAAUGGUAUUUUCCGCCAAGAAAAUGGCGAGUUGCAUCACCCAAAAGAACGCGGGAGCCGAUGCUCAAUGAUACUUCUUCGGAAAGCAACAAUGGACAUUCAACAAUGCAACGAUCAUCACACAAUAAUAAAUUUCAGCCACUAUUUCGCUCCAGUUCAAAAACUAAGAAACGUUCAAUGCAAUCAAAGGCUACCACUCCUCCGACAUCAAAAACAAAUUCCAUGGUUUCGAAUUCAAGCACAGAUUGUAAAAUUUCUGUAUCAGUAGAUUCUUUUUGGGAUAGCUGCCGUCGUAAAUUGGAAUAUGGCGAACCGCCACACCGCACAAUCAGUGAUUAUUGUAAUAUUGUUAAGAAACAGUCGCAUGACGUGCAAAGUAAUUUUCCUAAACGUUCAGUGAGUGAAACUUCGCAAUAUGUGAAAAAUUUGCCGGAGUUUUCAAAUCAAGCAAUUCCGCAGGUAUCCGAUUCAUCACAAACAAGUUUGAUUAAGAAACCAAUUUAUACAUCCGACGAAUCAGCUGAUUUUAGUCAAUUGUGCGUUAAAACAAGUAACUAUGAAGGACAGGAAACGAUUGUAUCUCCAGAGCCAAUCUCCUUGCAUCAAGAUGAUCUGCAGUCAUUUCCAACUUAUCAGAUAUAUCAUAAGCUUAUCAGUAUAGUUAAUGGAAGUGAAUUGAUGGUACGAAGAGUUGGUAGCAAUACUGACUGGCCAGUAUUUUUUGUAACCCCAGCUACAGUAUCGCAAGAUAUAUCUGCCGAAUGUUUUGCUUCGUUGUAUCCGACAGAGAAACUGAAUGCUAAUGAAAUGGCAAUUGGUGCACUUUGUAUAGUACAGUGUAAUGAUCUUAGAAAAACGAAAGUUAGAGCAAUUAUUGAACACUUCAUUGAAAACGUUGUAUAUGUACGACAUAUUGACGAUGGGCAUACGGAAACCAUUCGGCAAAAUGAAUUAUGGUCUACAGAAAACUUGUCUCCAAGGGUUCGUACUCAACCUGCUCUAGCAGUACCUUGUAUUUUGGCUUCUGUGAAUCAAGCAGAACUGGUUAAAACGAUUAGUUCCCGUGUGAGUGAAAUACCUUGUGUUGGUCAGCUGAUGCGUAUUCUAUUCAAAGAACAACGUAAUUCAGACGGUAUUUGGGUUGUUGAAUUAAUAAAUGAAAUGAAUGACGAUGACAAAAUUGAAUGA